AUGGAUCAAAAAGUGCAAGCUGAUAUUCCUGAAUCUUUGGGAGAAGAAACAGAGUUAAAGAUAAGACCAAUAGAACGCUUAAAGCUUCAUCCAAAAGUUCCCAUUGAACCUUCAGUUUAUGGUAAAGGCAAGAACUUUAGCCGACCAUGGAUACUUCAAGAUGGUCGUGAAGUACCUGGCCAGGGAAGUGAAAUGCGCGACAGUUAUAGAAUACCUAGAAAACCAAAGCAAGCCGAGGGUAUCCGUAAACGCAUGUUAACUGAUUUUUUUUGGGAACAAAUGCUUGACGAAGUUAUUGACGAACUUGCGACAUCACAGCCAGUUGCAGAAUACUGUUCCGAGUAUGAUGCAAAUUUUGUAAAAGAUCAAUUUGAACCACGUAAUUUAGAGAUUACUGCUGACAAAAAUAUGCAUCUCAAAUAUCCUUUAUAUGGGACAGGAUCAAGUGCAAUUACCUACUACAGCGAAAAUAUCAAGAAGACUGGUCCUGGAGAGAUUUUGGAGAAAUUCCGAAGAUGUCAAUAUUUUACGAAACCAAUGGAAGAGAGAUUAGACAAUGGUUGGGUCUUA